AUGUUAGCACAACAGGAUGCUGUUGCUGCUGUUGCUGCUGCACCUACACCUGGUGCUGCUGCUGCUGCUGCUGCUGCUGCAUUUAAAUUGCAUGCACGUAACUCUCUUGUAUCUAUAAGAAGUAAUAAGAACUUUGCUAAGACAAAGAAGCAGCUGCUGCUGCUGCAGCAGCAAGCACAUAAUUCUGCUGCUGCUCUGCUGCAGCUCAAGCAGCAAACACUGCAGCACAAGGUUAGGGGAUUAGCAGCAACAUUAGGUAAAGGAUUUGCUAAGGCAGCAGCAGGAACAGCAGCAGCAGCAGCAGCAGCAGCAGGGAGGCAGCAUGUUAAUCUAUCUGAGCAAGACACAGACACAUCUGAAUCAGAGGAUGAUGAUGAAGAUACACCCGAGCUGCAGCUGCUGCAGCAGCAACAGCAGCAGCAGCAGCAGGGAGGACAGUCAUCAAAGAAAGGAGCAGCAGCAGCAGCAGCAGCAGCAGCAGCAGCAGCAGCAGGAGACAGUUCUGAUGAAUCAGGGAGUGACUCUGAGUGCCGCUGGAUGCAGCUAGCGCGACGCCCUAAGCAGCAACGAGCACCACCAGCAGCAGCAACAGCAGCAGCAGCAGCAGCAGCAGCAGGCGACAGCAGCAGCAGCGAAGGAGACAGUAGCGAUGAAGAGGAGACAGGAGGUGCCUCCUACCAAGAGAUGCAGCAAGCGCUGCAGCAUGCGCAGCGGCUGCAGAAGCUGCAGCAGCAGCUGCAGCAGCAUGCAGCAAAUCAGCAAAAAGGAAGAAGGAGACAAAUUAUAAUUAAGGGGACAGAUGGUAAAGAACAUAAAGAGACUAAAUGGUUCCUUGAAAGAAAAAAAUAA